UGGUUCUGGGUAGGACAAGGACUCCAGUAUGUCGGCGGCUCCGGUGUUCAAGAGCUGGAAAAACCGUUGGGGCGACCGGGAUUCGACGGCCAAGAGCGGGACGGACGACCACCACCGCUUCACCCAGACUUUGCGAGGGCGCGGCGUCGGAGAUAACAGGCGAGGGCCAACCGUCGGGAACCAGCCUACGAGGUCUUCGCCGGCGAGUCGCCAUCGCCGGAGCAGGAGUCGGAGCGCAGAGCGGCAACAGCGCACCAAUCCUUCGUCUAGGCGUGGGCGCAGCCGGAGCGGAGACCGUCGUGGGAGAAACACGCCUCCGUCUAGGCGUAGCCGCAGCCGGAGCCAGACCCAGAGCGGGGGCAAUAGCAGGGCGACCAGCACUGACAGCAGUCGCGGUGGGAAAGGGCGACGGAGGUCAGGCCACGGUAACAGGCAAGUAGAAAACCAUCUGCGCAAGGAACCGGCAGGGCCUUCGACGUACGCAUUCUUCAUCCAGAAAUUGGCGGCCGCCUGGGACACUCAAGACAAGAGCUCGGGGAUUGAUCGUCUUCGCAGUUUUGGCGUAUCCAACGGCGAGACUUACGGAGAAUACAUCCGUCGCUAUAAGGCUCUGGCCAUGACCGUCAUGGUUUCCCACCACGCGUUCAAGCCUUCGGAUGCGCAAGUGCAGAUAGCUGUUCGAGACUCCAUGUUGAAGCAGUUUCCGGUAGUGUCUGGGCAGGUGUACAAGGAUGAGCAGCUCUCCAUGGAAGCCCCUUUUGGGAGACAUGCUUCGUGUCUGGAUGAUACGUGGGAUGUGCUGGACAAGCGUGCGUUCGCGCACACGCCGGCGGUGCAUGGAGAUGAUUUCUUUUCGGUAUCUUCCACGAAUGCUAGGAGUUCGUCUGCUGUUUCGCGUGCUGUAGCUUCUUCGGCGUUGCGUUCGACGGUGACCCCUUCGUGGAGCCAAGGUUCUUCGGCCGCCGUGAUGAGUGUUGACCCUCUACCUAAUGAUGAUCGGGACCCUUUUCUGUUGCACUACAGCGACUGGCCGUUGCAAGGACACUUCCAAGAGGGAGGUUGUGCCGAGCUCGAGGCGGGAGACGUAAUUGGAGUGUCUGCCGCGCCGCAACUACGAGUACCGGUGGAAACCCUGAAGGCGGCACCGUCUUCGAUUCCUACCGGCCCCACAACAUCUACAUCACCACCUCGGGCCAACGCCGUUGGCCCCAAGUCCGGGACUCACUGCUCUUCGGACCCAGCCUCCGCCCCGCCGCUUCCGAAGCCGCCUCCACAAGAACUACUCGACCGCUUCUCUGAGGCUCAGUGCUCCAGCUUCAUGCGCUUGUGGGCUAGGCUGCCCGCACAUAUGCACGACAUCGCUUUCGAUCUACACAAUCCGGGAUGGACACCGGAGGCUAUUGAUCGUUUGGCCGACGCCCUUGUUGAAUGUUCUGACGUGUGCUCUACUUCGGAAACCGAUUUUGGUUCCUGCACCAUAAUGCCGUUCACGCUUACUGUCCCAGCAGGGACGAAGGCCGUUGCAUCACGCCCGUAUCGUAUCAACCCGUUGAUGCAAAAGAAAGUGGAUGCCGUUUUGGACCAGUAUUUGGCGGCAGGGCUCAUUCAACAUUCCACAUCUCCGUGGGCUUCUCCUUUAGUUGUCAUCCCCAAGAAGGACGGAUCUGUUCGCAUCACCGUCAACUACAAACGUCUCAACGCUCUGGUGGAUUUGGAUGGACAACCUCUCCCUCGAGUGGACGGUAUCUUGGAUUCUCUGUACACCGGGAAAGUGUUCUCCAUCUUCGACCUCAACUCCGCUUUCCACCACAUCGUUUGUGAUGAAGACACUGUCCCGCUCACCGCCUUUUGCACUCCCACGCAGUUGUUCGAAUGGCUUCGGAUGCCGCAGGGCGCCAACGCAAGUCCGUCUUGGUUCGUCAAGGUCAUCAACAGAGUGGUGCACGGUCUGGAGCGUGUGCUGGCUUAUCUGGACGAUGUCAUCUGUUUCGAUGAGGAACCUCUGGGACACGUGCUAAACUUGAUCGAGUUCUUCAAACGACUGCGACAGUACAACCUCAAACUGUCUCCAGGGAAGGGUCGCGUCGGCGCCACGCACGCCAACUUUCUCGGUCACACCAUCUCUCCGGCAGGUGUUAGCCCUGAUGGCGUCAAGGUUAGGGCGCUCACGCACAUGCCGCCGCCGACGAAUGUUAAGCAGCUUCGGAGCCUUCUCGGUGGACUCAGUUACUACCGGAAAUUCCUCAAGAAUCUCGCCACCAAGGUGCGGCCUCUCAACUCUCUUCUCAAACAAGGCGUCCCCUUCAAGUACACCCCGGGCAUGGUCAAGGUUGUCAAAACGUUGUUAAGCGAACUCGCUCGCCCCCCGAUUUUGGUCUUCCCGAAUUGGGCAGCAAUCGAGGACAACAGCCGCCCUCUUCGUUUGUGUUCCGACGCGAGUAUCGACGGUUUUGGCGCCUCCUUGGAACAAGAACAGCUCGAUGGCUCGGUGAGACCCAUCGUGUACAUCAGCCGCGCUACUCUUCCUGCGGAGCGUAACUGGACCGUUUUGGAUCUGGAGGCUGGUGGCAUUGCUUGGGCCAUCAAACGCCUUCGCGGUAAUCUGUGGUUGACCAAGUUCAUCAUCUAUUCGGACCAAAAAGCAUUGGAGAGCAUUGGCAAGGUUGAGGAACACAACGCUAGAGUGCAGCGAUGGCUGAAAUUCCUGUCCAACUUCACCUACACCCUGAAAUAUGGGAAAGGUUCGGCAAACGGCAACGCGGAUUUUCUUUCGCGGUUGCCUUUACCAGCACAAGACACGGACAAAACCGGCACCGACUGCAUUGAUGGUGUCGAUCAAGCGGGUGUUUUCCUCAUUUGGGCUUGCGGGCGCAACUAUCACCCGCCGUCUACACCGGAGGUCCCGCUCGACAAACAAGACCACCCGGACCGCCGCGCGUCUGCUGCCGCCGCCAUCCGCAACGCCGGCAUCAGCGCUUUCGUCGACUGCUCUUGCGCCACCGGUGUCUUCGCCGUUAGCGGCGCGCCCUGCAUCCCCGACUUCGCCUUCUCUACAGGUUUCGCCCGGGACUUCGCCACUCACGAUGUCCCCUUCGCGGACAUCACCCCGGAC